CUUGUUCCCCGUUGAAAAGAUUCGCGCGCUUUUCGAGCCUCGCCGGGUCGGUCACUUCAUUCAUAAGCACGGCUCGUUCUAGGGGCAAGGCUCUCGGUGCGACGACGAUCCUCGCCUCGGAACGCCUCGUUUUCACUCGCGGCUCCUCCGGUUCUCCACGGGCACCUCUCGAGUCGUCGCUCGCCAUCUGAAACAGUUGUUUAGUUUGAAUGAUCGAAUCGAUCGGGAAUCCGAUCGCGGUUCCGUGGCUUUUCAAAUAAACGUUCGAGCGCGAUUCGCAGAACGCGCGCCAAGACGCGUCUUUCAGGGGACUUUGAACAGUCCCGACGAAAUCUCAGCCGUCCGACCGCUCUCGACGCUGACGCAUUUUCAUAUCGUCCGACCGAUUCGCUGGAUGUAUUUUAAACGCGAGUCGAAAACAAGCGGAUAAAAUGUCCAUCUAACGAUCAAAACGCGCAGUAAAGCUGCCCGUUGGGGAGCGUACUGCGCGCACGUGUACUGUUUCAACUUGGCACCCCUAGUUGUUUACAUGCACGCCUAAUUGGCACCGAUAGAGGCGGCCGAGCGGAUCGGCCGAAAGCGAGGCGGUAUCUAGGCGAGAAGGGUUCAUUCAUUCGCCGUCCAGGGAGAAUCUCCUGCCGACGGUUAUGCAACCCGAGAGCGCCGCGACUCCCGAAAUUCACGAGCAGUUGCGUCAUCCCGCGAAACGAGGAGCUGGAGUUCGCCGAGUGCGUGCAACCCUCGGAACGCUCCGAGAAUAUCUGACCGUUUUCUAUUUGUCCGGCCCCAUCGACUCCUUCCGCGCGCGGCUAACGUGGAACCAGCCGAAGUCGGGGGCCGAAGUUCGUUGAUCCUUCGUCGAUACGUGGCCGUUCCUCGCGAUCACCGCGUAAGCGAGCGGAGUUCGAUUUCCGAGUCUCGUCAGCGAAUAUCAGCGGAAUGGCGAUUUUUCGCGAUUUCAAAUAACAACUUUCAAGAUUUCUAGAGAGAAAGACACUCUACUAUAUUUCGCGCGGUAACUAUUGGGUCGGCCGAAAGUCUUGUGUAAUUAAUCCUUUGUUCUCGGGAGGUGACUCUCAGUCACUCGAUUUGACAAAACUAAAAUCUGAUAUUUAAUGUUUAACAUUGUAUAGUGACCCGAUACAUGAAAUAUUGGAAUAUAGCUUUGUUCCCCAAUGCACUUGUGAUUUCUCUUUGAUAUUUCUAGCGAGAAACUGCCGAGUGCAAAGGGUCACUCGAUUUGACAAAACUAUAAAAUCUGAUAUGCAAUGUUUAACUUUGUACAAUGAUCCGAUACAUGAAACAUUGGAACAAAAUAGCUUUGUUCCCCUUUGAGUCAGUCUCAAAGAACGUCUUGUCGAAAAAUGUUAAAUAUUUCCAGAAACUGCCGAGUGCAAAGGGUUACUCGAUUUGAAAUUGCCACUUCGUUAAACUACUCGAUUGGCUCAGCGUUUCGCAUUUUACUCGAAAGCUUCCCAUUGUUUUUUAAUUGACUCGUCGACAAGAUUUGCACGUUAGAAUACAAGCGCCACGUUGAGGGGCGAAACGGCGAGGCUUUUUGGCGAAGCGAACGCGCCCCGGUUUGUUAUCAGGCGCAAGUUCGCGAUGGACGAGCCUCCGAUGCGAGUACAAGUUCGACACCGAUCGAAUUCUCUUCCCACGUUCGAGUUCGCGAGCUUAUUUUUAACGUUUCACAAUGGAUAUGUGCCGUACGAAGUGGCCGCAAAUAGAUGAACGUAACAGUCGUUCUCGGCGUACCGCUCGGUCGGACAGAGACAACGAUAAGCACGCUGGCGACGUCUACAGUUUAAGCCAAUUACAUUAUGUGUGUCUCUUGCACGCGAUUCUGUACGCGUGUUAAACUUCUGAAUGGUGUCCCGCCACUAUUCCCAUCGAGCUCGUUCGAUCGAGCAUCGGGUUCAGAAAUUUAUCGUUCGCACUUCACGCUGUAACCACCGAAAACUUACUGGAACUUCGACCGAGUUACAUUCCAGUCGAAUUUCUCGGAAAAUCGUUUGUAUCUCCUGUAAUCGGUCCGACUCGCGUGGUAGUUCCAACAUCGACGAACUCACUAUUUUCGUAAAUUCGAAAGACAGUGGUAGUUCCAUCGUGUUGCAGGUCGAAACCCGAUUCGAGAACUGAUUUCCACCGGUGUUCCUCGCGGAAAGUCUCGUCCGGAGUCUCGGGUAAAAAGGAAGAAACGUUGGGCCGAGUUAUAAGACAAUGGGAAACACAGCGAUCGAUAGGGUGAAACGAGAAGCAUCGAACAAUGCCACGCGGCUAUAAAUCGUCAGCUUUACACGGGUAAUUUCGCGGUUCGGCGUGGGAAGUGCAUUGAAUGCUCCUCGAGCGUACGCGCGCAUCGAGAGCGAAAGCUUGGAAAUAUCGUUCGAACGGAAAUUAAGUAUUUUUAAUCGCCGGUCGAUCCGCCUCGGAAAAUUCGGCCCCGCGAUCUCGCGUAGAGUUCUGCGCGUCCGUCGAUCGUCGAUCGGCACGCGUUUCAGCCGCUCGUUCGAGAUUCGCGAGACUCGGUCAAACAAAUUUAAGCCUCGAAACGCAAUCUAAUGUUCUUUUUACGAGCGACUUGACCUUCAUCUUGGAUCGGUCGGGAACACGCGCGAAGAUCGGUUUGUUUCACACGAACGAUAAAUUAAACCCAAUUGGAUCAUUACGAUGCUUCGUCGUAACGGGCAUUAACACGAUUCGAAACGAACGUUUCGCGGUUCUAAUUGAUGGAAGCGACGAGAAGAUCGAAGUUCCUCUCGUUCCUCUUGAAACCGUCGACGAUGAAUUCGAGUGGACACCGGUCUGCUCGAAGCGUCGAUCUUUAUCGGUGUGUUCGCGCGCAACAGAUUGACAUUCUUUUCGAAGGAAAGAUAUUGCCUGUCCUUGGUCAGAUAAUCGAAUAUAAAACUCGAGUGCUGACAAUACAACUAUCCUUCAUGGAUCCCGUCCGCUGGACUGCGAACGUCCGUGUUAGCAUAUCGCAUUACCGCUUCAAGGAAUUUUGCAACUUAAUUCGCGCUCGUCAUCGCGAGCGAGAACGAGCGGAGUUGGUGGCAAUCACUUUCUAUGCGCCGGCCGACAUCUUUGUUACUUGAAUCGUUUAAAACCAUUAGACUCGCCUUCCCCCUUACGCCCCUGGCAUCUAGAUUGCUCGACGAUAGAACGAAAUAUCGGUCGCGAUUGCUUUUAAACAAGACCGAAUCACGUUCCCGGUAUCCGAGCAACGUUGAAAAUUCGAACGAUCGAUCUCCCGCGGGUUCUUUCCUCUUUUUUCACUGCGUACGAGGGAUACCUCGAGGUAGACAAUAUUUUCGUAAAUGUCACACGGCGGUAAACCAUAUCGAAAUAGGUGGAAUCGAUAGUCCUCUAUCGGAAGGUCACCUUGAAGAAGAGACACCACGCCUUACGCGGCGCGGGGACUCGCAGGACUUUAAUUCGAGUAAAUACGACGCGUUAGGUGUCGCCUGCCAAACGCGUGCGCGAUCUCCUAAGGUUUCUUUCGCUUCUUAAUCGUUUCCGAAACAUCGGUCGUCUUCCCUUGUCUCGCCUUUUAGUCAUCGAUGCUCGGCAACAGUUUCGCUUGUACUUUCGUUUGGCACGCGACGAACGAUUAAAACGACGAUAAAACUGGCUAUCGAAUGGGCGCCGCUUCGUGCAAGCGUGUGCCGUCAUCGUAAAAAAGACGCAGAAACAAACUGCGUGCAACCGGAAAGCGCAAUUAUCGCGAGCGGAGAGGCUGCCUCGCGGUCGAGCCGAUACGCCGUGUGUAGCACGUAAAGAAGUAAUAAACUGUCCCGGUCACGAGGAAUCUUCUGGCAGCCGGCCAUGCGAACUAUUACGGUAACAGGAGCGUCUCAAAGAUAAUAAUAUAAUAAUGUUCGUCACGUGCCGGCGUAAAUACAAAUUCAACGAUUUGCAGCAUUUUAGAUGGCCCCCGAGUUCCCUCGAACUAUGCGACACGCCUUUCGUCGAGUCACGAGGGGUGAGCGGAGCGUCAUCGCGACGGAACGGGACGGUCGCGGUAUUUCGAGUCGCAAAUGGUUUUCGAAUUAACUGCCGGCGACAAUUAUUCGGUUGUUGUUCAUUGGGCUGCUCCUUCCUUCUCGAGACGUCGCGGAUAACGGCACCAGUGGAAAUUCAUCGAAUUAACUCGCGUUCCCGCGCGUUCGUUUCGAGGAUCUGCAGAAUAGAAAAGACAUUGUACAGGGGUAGUCAUUAAUGAGCGAAUCGAUCAUCUAGCGGAGUUGUUCUUAGUCGUCCGGGGUAGAGUUUGAUGAAUUAUGCACGAAGCUACCGUGGGACAUGAUCCACAGACGAGCAACGGCAAUCAGCCCCAGCAACAGAUACAAGGCAGUGGCGGCUGGAACGGGAUCUCCGAGGGGACGCUGGUAUCUCGAGCCAGAAGCAACGGCAACGGCGCCGGCAACGGGAACGGGAACGGCAACGGGGGCGGCAACGGCAACGCCAACAGCAACGGCUGGAACACCGUUGUCACGGCGCCUUUUCAGCAUCAACAACAACUACACGAACGGAAACAGAAAGAAGCUAAGUCUGGGGACCUGGGAGAUGAUGAAGACGGGGGUGGAGGGGGUGGAGGGCUGGAGGGGACGGACCCAGAGGAGAACAACUCUGUUCACCUCAAGAGACGGGUGGGACUCGUCAGUGGGGUGGCUCUAAUCGUUGGCACCAUGAUAGGUUCCGGGAUAUUCGUUUCGCCGUCAGGGCUUUUAGUUCGAACCGGCAGUAUCGGAAUCAGCUUCCUCGUAUGGACGGCCUGCGGAAUGUUGAGUCUGUGCGGCGCGUUGGCAUACGCCGAGCUGGGUACGAUGAACACGAGCAGCGGCGCCGAAUAUGCCUACUUCAUGGACGCGUUUGGUGCGCCGCCAGCUUUCCUCUUCUCGUGGGUUUCCACGCUGGUCCUGAAGCCUUCUCAGAUGGCCAUAAUAUGCCUGUCGUUCGCGCAGUACGCCGUCGAGGCGUUCGCGGCCGAUUGCGAUCCACCCGAGGAAGUCGUCAAGAUUGUCGCGCUCCUGGCAAUAAUACUUAUACUGCUGGUGAAUUGUUACAGCGUUAAUCUGGCCACAGGUGUGCAGAACGCGUUCACCGCGGCCAAAUUGAUCGCUAUACUUGUUGUAAUCGCCGGCGGUUCUUACAAGUUGAUACAGGGUAAUACGCAGCACCUGAAAGGCGCGUUCGACACGAUGGACGGCAAUACCGUGAACAUCGGCAGAUUGGCCACCGCCUUUUACACCGGCCUGUGGGCGUACGACGGAUGGAACAAUCUCAACUAUGUCACCGAGGAAAUCAAAGAUCCAUCCAAGAAUCUACCGCGUUCAAUUAUGAUCGGUAUACCUCUGGUCACGCUCUGUUACGCGCUGAUAAACGUCUCUUAUCUAGCCGUUAUGUCGCCGUCGGAAAUGAUCGAAAGCGAAGCCGUCGCAGUGACUUUUGGCAAUCGGAUUCUUGGCGUCAUGGCAUGGCUCAUGCCGCUCUCGGUUGCGAUCAGCACGUUCGGUUCCGCAAAUGGUACUCUCUUUGCAGCAGGUAGAUUAUGCUUCGCCGCGUCCCGCGAGGGUCAUUUGCUCGACUGUCUCAGUUAUGUGCACGUGCGACGCUUUACCCCCGCGCCAGGACUCAUCUUCCACUCCCUUGUUGCAGGAUCAAUGGUAUUGUCCGGAAACAUAGAUUCCUUGAUAGACUUCUUUUCGUUUACCGCUUGGAUCUUUUAUGGCGGAGCGAUGCUCGCUCUAUUGGUGAUGCGAAGGACCAGACCAAAUCAUCCACGACCAUACAAGUGUCCGCUGAUAAUACCUGUGCUCGUACUUGGAAUCUCUGCGUACCUGAUUGUAGCGCCAAUCAUUGAUAAGCCUCAAAUCGAGUACUUGUACGCGGCAGGGUUCAUAUUAGCGGGCAUGCUUGUCUACCUCCCAUUUGUUAAAUAUGGAUAUGUGCCCAAAUUUAUGGAAGGAGUGAAUGUCUUUCUUCAGAUGUUACUCGAGGUGGCACCAACGGCUGCAGCCUUUGACUGACUUUGAGGGAAUACGAGAAAAGGUUCUCUAUAUGCCAAAUCAUUCCAUUGCGGCAUCCUGAACCACAUAUGAAUAUAUAUUUUAGAUAUGCAUAUGCAAAAACGUGUAUCCUGUUAUUAAAGCUCAAGGCUGGCCCAAAUGAUUCAUAAACAUAUAAAGAAAAAUAUUAUUUUAUUACUCCUUAUUCUUCGUAU